AUGGCUUCAAAGUAUCUUCUCCUUCUUCUUUUCUCCUCUCUUGUUUGCACCACCCCUGCAAGGAAGCUUGCUGCCUCAAAGGGCUCUUUCAUCGAUGAAAAGACAUUCUUUCCUAUUCCAGGAUUUGGUGGUGGUGCCGGCUAUGGUGGAGGCGGUGGGUUUGGAGGCGGCAAUGGAGGACUUGGUGGUGGUUCUGGAUUUGGAGGAGGAGCUGGUGGUGGGUUUGGAGGUGGGUCCGGCGGAGGAGGGGGUUUUGGAGGUGGCGGCGGCAGUGGUGGUGGGUUGGGUGGAGGGUUUGGCGGGGGAGCUGGUGGGGGAAUAGGAGGUGGAUUUCCUUAA